CAUACCGCAGGCAAGGUAUCAGCUGUUAUUAACAAAUAUCGAUGUAAUUGUAGGGACAAAACGUGUUUGUAUUUCACCAGCAUACUUUCAAAUAAUCGAAUGUACUUUUGAAAUAUGUUAUUAUUUUGCCCGACUUGUGGUAAUAUAUUAAUGGUCGAACAGGAUACAACAGGACACCGUUUUACUUGUAGUACUUGCCCAUAUAUUUGCAAUAUCAAACGAAAAACUUCGACACGAACAUUUCCACGUCUUAAGGAAGUUGAUCAUGUUAUGGGUGGUGCAGCCGCAUGGGAGAAUGUAGAUUCGACUGAUGCUGAAUGUCCCGCUUGUUCUCAUAAAAAAGCGUAUUUUAUGCAAAUGCAAACUCGUUCUGCAGAUGAACCAAUGACAACGUUUUACAAGUGUUGCAAUCAACUUUGUGGCCACAAUUGGCGAGAUUAAA